AUGCUGAAUGCGCUCGUUGCAGCGUGUGCGCAGACAGCAGGCUUUGCUCAGCGCGAUGUAGCUUUCAAGCUAGUCGAGAAGUUCAGGACUCUGGCGCAGACACUGGAUAGGUCCAAGGCUGUCGCAUUCACCUUUGGUGUCGAAGAAGACGAGGAGAUUGUUACUUUGCCGAUCGAGGAGCAAGUUGCUGCAAGUGGGGACUCGUCGCCCGAGCCGCAAUCUAGUCCGCUUGAGCUUUCUACGUCAAUGCCUGCCCGGGAAGACACGUUACACCCUCUCUUGGUCGCGCUCCUUGCCUUCAAACUAGGCGGUCCCAUCAACGCAGCCUUUACUGGACACCAACAUGAAUGGAGGCCCCCAAUCGACACUGCGCGCGAUACACCAAGCUUCUAUUCUGAGGGCGAUGUAGGUGACUUCUUCGAUGAUAUUCGAAUAACGAUAGUAUGGGAAAUGCGCGAUGAUAAAGCGACCGGUCCUUCGGGGAAACACAGUGUGUUCCUGACAGGCGAUGCCACGCCCCGACAGCUGGAAGCGCUGACAGUCCAAAAGCGGGCUGAAGCCAGCUCACCAGUUACUAUACUCUACGACUGCAGACACGCGGCGUUAUAUUACGUCUGCGAUGAUCCAGACGCGAUACGUGAGGGCAAGAGCUUGGAUGUCCAUCUGAAUACCAUCUCGGACAAAGACGUCCGCCUCCUCAAUACAGCAACAGGCGACAAGUCUCGUGGGAAGCCAUCACUAACAGAAUUGGUGACCAACUUUCCCAUCGAAAAUUAUGCCAACCACUUUCACGAUAUCCUUUUCGACAGUGUCUCAGUCAACGCCAUCUUCACGAAACUUGAUAUGCUCGACGUACCGCCAGCGCCAGCUCUUCCCCCAGACCGACAGCAUCUGCAAGACAAGCGAUUUGAUGCAUACAAAAAGGACAACUUGGCUCAUUUGCCAAUUGAUAUUAAGAGACUGGCGGGCGACGUAUAUCUAGAAGGCAGCUAUCCCACAGCAGCCAGCUUCCUAGAUAAGGUCGUUCUGAAAGCACGCCGCGACGUUCAUCUGCCUGUUGGGGCCAGCCUUUUUCCACAGUCCCCUAUGGAAGAGAACAUGGAGUGGGCACGGAGGGCCAUUCGAGACCUACGCGAAGACCUGGUGUCGAACCGCGUUGCACAUUACGCAACAGCUCUCGUAGAUUCUGCGUAUGCAACCAGAGAUCUGAUCUCGACCGCGAAUUUGCGCAAUUAUGCGAAGAUGCUGGAGCGGCACUAUCUGGAACUCAUCGGCAUUGGUUUCACAGACGACGCAUGCUCGCUUCCGUCAAUGGCUGCCUUAGCUUGUGCCUUCGGUAACGCUAUCGAUGGGCUCAAGGAAGCGCAGAUCAUGGCGGAACCAUGGAUCGAAGAGAUGGAUCUGCAGGUCUUUCGGACGCGCUGUUUGUAUCUCUUUUGGUGCGCCGACUGGUUAGUACGCUACCUGGUGAAACCAGAACCAGGACCGUUCAUGAUCGUUGAUGAGAAGACGGCCAUAGCAGGUGCGCAAGGUAUGGGACGAGCGGUGCGUCGGAUAGCGACUAUGCUGUUGCGCAAUUGGGUAGCCUGGAGUCUUUUAGUAGAGGGCUUGCCACAAAGUGGUUUCUUCGUCCGAGGAUCGUGA